AUGUAUCUCGUGUGUGAGGACCAUAUGGUGCAGACCCUGUAUCAGUCACUGGCCAAAAAUAUCCCAGAAUCCCUGAAGGUGUAUGGCUCCAUUUUCCACAUCAUUCAUGGAAACCCCUUCAACUUGGAAGUACUGGUGGACUCCUGGCCGGACUUUCACACUGUCAUCACCCGGCCUAAGAAAGAGGCUAUGGUUGACAAAUUGGACCAAUACACAAACACUUACCAUAUCUUCACCAAGGACCUUCAGAAAUGCCAGCAAUUUCUAGAAGCUACUGAAGUCAUUGACUGGGACCAAGUCAUUCAGAUUCAAGGUUGCCAGGAGAGCUUGGAUGAAAUCAUAAAGAAAAUCGCAGCUUCCAAGUCCAUUCAGGUGGAACAUUUAAGCAAUGUUCUCUUUGUAAGAGAAGAAAUUCAACAACUUGAGACAGCUGAGGACAAGUGUCCGGCAACCAUAUCAGAGCCAAAGUUGUUUGAGAGAAAUCAUGAAUUCAAGUUGACUCCCAUGAGUGAAUCCUAUGCAAAACUUGUAAAUGAUCAUUGGAAUCUGGGUCUGAAUGAGAAGAGCCUGAAUUAUGUCAGACGUUGCAUCCAGAACUUUCCAUCUUUUUGCCUGCUGAAUUCUGAGGGGAAUCCCAUUGGCUGGCAUGUCAUGGAUCAGACUGGGGAAUUAAGGAUGGGUUAUACACUUCCCAAAUACCGAAGAAUGGGUGUCCAGAGUUACCUGGGGAUCACUGCUUCCAAGUAUCUUCUCAAAGAAAAAAUUCCAUUUUUCCUACAUAUAGCAGAAAGGAAUAAAUUCCUCUCUAAUGCUUUGUCACAGAAUGGUUUCCAGGUUUUCCUUCGUGGAUGGAACCAGUGGAAGUUAACCCCAAAUAACUCUGGCUGA